GAAAUUUUUACGUUUCUUAGGAGCUCCGUAAUAGUCAUUCAACCUUUGAAACGAUGGCCGAAAAAGAAAAAAAUUAAAAUAAAAUAAAAUAAAAAAAUUCCCCUCUCUCUCUCUCUCUCUCUCUCUCUCUCUCUCUCACGCAGUAGGCGUGAUGUGUGUGUGUUUAUGGUGAAUUGAUGCCACCACAGGCCCCCCCACGAUAAAAUGGUCUUCUUCCCAACCAAACACACUUUCACUCUCUCUCUCUCUCUCUGCUUUUUUAUCUUUUGGGUUUUUCAAAAAUUCAGAACUGUAUUUGAACAGAAGUAACUGAACUAGUGCUUUACUGAGUUAACUCGGUAUAUCUGCUUUCUCUUUCCGUGCUCUCCGCCUAUUCGAUUGAUUCAAGAGUUCAUCCCAAAGCGCAUCUCAAUUCUGGUGAUUUUUUUCUUCUUGUUUUCUCCUGUUUCGAAGUUCAGAUUUGGCAUUAGUGGAAUUUAAAUUGAUGUCUGGGAUGCUUGGUUUGGAAGGAAAGCAAAGAUUUUGGAUUGUAGAUUUGUAGCAUUUGGCUUUAAGAUUAUCCAUCUAAAUUGAGGAUAAGGUUUGGUUGGAUGGAGGUUGCAAAGCGGUGGUUUAGUAAGUUUAGUCUCAAAGAAAAGCCGAAGCCUUCGAAGAAGAAGGAAACCGCUAGUAAUGGGAAGGAAGGCCAGAAACCGGGUGCCAACGAUGAAGCGCCAUCGAAUGCCACUAAGCAAAAGGUUGCUGCUGCAAAGCAGUAUAUCGAAAAGCAUUACAAGGAGCAAAUGAAGAGUCUGCAGGAGCGUAGGGAACGGCGUAAUGUGCUGGAAAAGAAACUGGCUGAUGCUGAGGUUUCCGAGGAAGAGCAGAACAAUAUUCUUAAGUACCUUGAAAAAAAAGAGACAGAAUUCAUGCGUCGUCAAAGGCAUAAAAUGGGCGCUGAUGAUUUUGAGCCAUUGACGAUGAUAGGAAAGGGUGCAUUUGGCGAGGUUAGAAUAUGCAGGGAAAAGGCAACUAGCCAUGUCUAUGCCAUGAAAAAGCUUAAGAAAUCUGAAAUGCUUCGUAGAGGCCAGGUCGAACAUGUCAAGGCAGAAAGAAAUCUACUUGCGGAGGUUGACAGCAAUUGCAUUGUCAAGCUAUACUGUUCUUUCCAAGACGAGGAAUAUCUUUAUCUAAUAAUGGAAUACCUUCCCGGAGGAGACAUGAUGACUUUGUUGAUGCGUAAGGAUACCUUAACUGAAGAUGAGGCGAGAUUUUAUGUGGGGGAAACGGUCCUUGCUAUCGAAUCUAUCCAUAAGCACAACUAUAUUCACAGAGAUAUAAAGCCUGAUAACUUGCUUCUUGAUAGAAAUGGCCACAUGAAAUUGUCUGAUUUUGGACUAUGUAAACCGUUAGACUGCAGCAAUCUUCAUGAAAAAGAUUUUACGGCAGGAAAUAAUUAUAGCGGUGCCCUUCAAAGUGACGGGCGCCCUGCCCCUCCAAAGCGCACUCAGCAAGAGCAACUGCAGCAUUGGCAGAAGAACCGGAGAAUGCUUGCUUAUUCCACUGUUGGAACACCUGAUUAUAUUGCCCCGGAGGUUUUAUUAAAGAAGGGAUAUGGAAUGGAAUGUGACUGGUGGUCACUCGGUGCAAUUAUGUAUGAAAUGCUGGUGGGAUAUCCUCCUUUCUAUUCAGAUGAACCUAUGUCUACUUGUAGAAAGAUUGUAAACUGGCGAACGCAUUUAAAAUUUCCAGAAGAGGCAAAACUAUCACCCGAAGCUCAUGAUCUUAUUCGUCGGCUUCUAUGCAAUGUUGAACAAAGACUUGGGACAAAAGGUGCUCAUGAAAUAAAGGCUCAUCCGUGGUUCAAAGGUAUCGAGUGGGAUAAGUUGUAUCAAAUGAAAGCUGCAUUUAUUCCAGAAGUUAAUGAUGAGUUGGACACUCAAAAUUUUGAGAAAUUUGAAGAGACUGACAAUCAAAUUCCAACGGCAAUGAAAUCGGGUCCAUGGAGGAAGAUGCUCUCUUCCAAGGAUGUCAAUUUUAUGGGUUAUACAUACAAAAACUUUGAGAUUGUGAACGAGAACGAAGUUCCUGGAAUUGCCGACCUGAAGAAGAAGAGCACUAGACCUAAACGGCCAACUGUGAAGGCCCUUUUCAAGGAAGAUUCUGAUUCCGGUUCUGUCCAACAAAACCAGGGAAGUUUCCUUAAUCUGUUGCCUCCGCAGUUAGAAGUCUCGAAAGGCGAGGAAUCGAAACAUCUCUAAUCUGCUGACAGUGUCAGGCAAAACCAUAGUGAAUCCAUCAUACAGAAAACAACAUUUAUACAGUCUGAUCUUAUUCCUGAAAGUUAUAUAGUCUGUGUUGUGAUGCUCCAGUUCUGAUGAUCUUUGAAGUGUAAGUAUUUGAGGGAAGAAAAGGGCUCUGUAUUUGCCUUGCUUCUUUUGCUUCUUCAUCUUGUGUAAAUUAUUAUUCUUGAAGUGCAAAUAACAUUUUUUUUUCA